GUCUGCGCUAUAAAGCCGGUACUGUCGUCUUCCAUUAUAUACGUCCUUAUCAAUGGCAACGCUGAAAGGGGAAAAUUUAUCAUAUCGAUUAGAGAGAUUUGAGAAUACCAUUAUCUUUUAAUCAAAUGUUUUUCAUAAAACACCUUGCGUAAAAUUGCAACUAUUCUAUUCAACAUCGUAAUAAUCGAUCGAUUCGUCGAUACUUACAAAUCGAUUGUUAUUCGUCUAACGGACUAGUUCACCGCGUUUUAAUCUUAUCAGAAUAGUCAAUUUAAUUUUAUCAGUAUAUAGAAUAGUAGAAAAAAAAGAAAAAAAGAAAAGUAAAAGAACAAUAUUCUUGGAAAUAAAAGCGAUGGGCGAAGUGUUGAAAGAAUGGUUUAGAAAGACAUUAGGAGUGUUGAUAGAACUAACGCCGGAAUUGUUCGGACAUUACACGAGAGACGGCAAUAUGUUGGCUAAAAUUCUUCACACUUACGGGGUCAUCAAUAACGAUCAAUUGAAUACGAUCAUUCAGACGGAAGAUCCUACUUUAUGUAGAGUGAACUUGAACUAUUUACGCGUUUGGUUACGUUUUAUCGGAGUUGACUGUACCGACGAUUGCAUCAACGAGAUCAGCUGUGGCAAGGGCGCCACGGCACUUCAAUUAUUCUACAAAGUAUAUCUUUGUUUAGAGGGCAAAGACAAUUUGUACUUUGUCACGUUGCAAAAAGAACGAGAAAAAUAUAUUCCUAGUUCAAGGAAAUUCGACGUGACACCUAUCCAGGAAGAAGCUUCUCGUUACGAAUCAAUACCCGAUCAUCCUCUAUCGAAGCCCCUGACAAAGGCUUCAAGUACGAUAAAAUGGCAUCGUAAUAAGUUCCAAGAUGUAUUGAAAUCUUGUAGACGAGAGAGAAAAAAGUUAGAGAGCUUGAGAAGAAAACCAUCGAAUAAAAUCGAUAUCAUUGAACCUAUCCUACCAAAAGUAUUUUGUGACACGACGAAGGGAGAUGAUAUUUUAAAAGAGAUGGAUGAUUUUGCUCGAAAGCAUCGCAUUAAAACGUCCAAACGUGACGUAUAUGAUCCCUGCCUGACCGAUCAAAUGUACGAUGAAACAGAAAUAUCCGCGGAAGAUCCCGAGGCUGCGAAAGCUUACGUAUCCUGGUUGAGAGAUCGCAAAAGGAAAGAGAACGUCGAGAAUGCUGUAAAAUCAAGAAUGCAAAGCAUGCUGCUCUCGGAACUUUGGAAAGCGUUGUCCGAUAAGCAAGAGAAAAUUUACGACGAGACGCUCGCACGUCGUGCAUUGGAUUAUUCUCAUUACGAGAAACAAAUGAUAACUAAAUUGUUGGAGGUACGUAAUUACAAAAAUAUUGUAACCGAGAACAGAAAGAUCGUGAAUCAAUUGAUAAUGGACGCUAAGGAGAGCAAAAUGCGAAUGGAGGAGGUACGAAAGCGCGAGGAACUCUAUUGGGAAUCCGAGGAUGUUGACAGCGAGUAUCAGAGAUUGUGCGAACUACAUCGGAGGAUUCUUAAGGAGAAAUUAAAAAAAUUACGGGAAAAACACGAACGUAUCUGUCGAGAAGCCGUUCAAGAUUUGAUCGACGUCGCGUUAAAGGUAGCCGAAUAUCGAACCUCCAACGAAGGUUACGUGCCAAAGGUUAUUUGGAAGGAAUGGAAGACGUUGUUUCUAAAAUGUCAACCUAUAUUCGAACCCUUCGAGGAUGAAUAUUUCAAAGACGAAGAGGGCGAGAGGAUAGAACAGAUCGAGGAAAUUGUUCGUUCAUCGACGUACAGGGAAGAAGCUUUGAACGAAGCCAAUUUCGAUAGUUAUCAUACUUUGCAAUCACCGUGGGACGAUUACGUACCUCCGAUAGAAACUGAGAUCGAAGAAAUCAUGAAAUUGGGCGAACUCGUCUUAGGGUACAUCGUUCAUCGACUUUUAGAAUUCGUUUAUCCAUAUCCGAUUGGUCCUGUAGAACCUCCGGUGUCUAAGGUCAAAACCGCUGCUAUAAUAUUGGGCGUCGUAGAGCAAAGUUUGUACAAUCCUAUUCAAUUAUUAUUGAAAAAGAGCGGGAUUCGUUUGGUUUCGAUGAAGGACGCUAUUAAUUAUUGCUUGUUACGAUACAAGGAGGAAAUGUUGGACGUGAGAUACGUCGAUGCGAAUAUCGUUCGAGCUACCGAAGAAAUUUUUCAAAAAUCGACCGUAUCGAAACGCAAGUCCGAGGAUUCGAAGAAGAACACGUUUACGGCUCGAUCGGGGAAAACCCUUCGAUCUAGUAAAAUCUCGGCAAUGACCAAAGAUAAAAAUGCGAAAGGAAAAAAUGCCGAGAAAGAUUUGAAGGAGAAGGAAACUCAGACACCUCGUGUUAUACCUUACGACGACGUGGAUCCUAUCCUGUCAAAUGUUGCCUACGUUGGAAAAUGGACCUAUGAGUUUCUCAUCCUUGGUCAGCCGAUUUCGAACGAGCUUAGCACGCGAAUACUCUUGGAGUAUCUCAGGAGUCUCGGUGAUGUCGAAGGAUGGGCAUUGAUCGAUUAUCCGAAUAGUUACGAUCAGAUGGCUCGUUUGGAGUACGCUUUAACAGGUCGUAAAAUUCCACCGGAUCCGACUGUCGUAAACUUCGAUAACGUUAACAACAUCGAGGAAAUCGAUCCGGUUUCACCGAGGAUAGUUUACGAGGAUACUGAAAUCGACGACUACGCUAUUUACAGGCAAUCGAAACUUUUGCCAAAUCCGAUCACGAAGAGAGAGAUCUCGGAUACGAGGACGUCGAGGAGCUUCAUGACGGCUUACGUCAGAGCAAUACCAAAGCCAAAGGAUCUCGACGUAGACCCGAACAAUCUGGUAGAGGUCUUGUCCGAAGAUGCGACCGUUCUUGACGAGUUUUAUGCCGAUCAGAGCGUCGCGUACGUCGUUUAUUACGAUUACUUCGACAUACACACGAUAAAGAAAAUUGCCAGGCUCGUGAUCGGAGAAAAAUCCAUACCGAGGAUACCUUCCGUAGAGCUUUUCGGGGAUGUUGUCGCGUCGUUGGAAGAAGAAGACGAAGAAGAAGAUAAAAAUUUGAAUAGAAAAGCGUUCCUCGAGAAGAGGUCCAUAGCCAGACGGAUUCUAUCCAAGCCGACUGUCGUCUCGAAAGAGAAAGAAGAAGAAGAAGAAGAAGAAGAAGAAGACGAAAGGAGGGAGGGCCAGGAGGGGAAGGGGGAGGAGGAGAAAAUGAAAAUGGACGUCGAGGCUUCUGGAGAUUACAUCGAUGUUUCACGAGCACCGAAACCCGGAGAAGAUGGAUGGGAAUGGAUAGAUUUUCCACAGAGUCCGGUAUUGCUCGAUGCUCUGGCUACUCUUUGGGAAAACAUUGAAGAGAUUUACAUCGUCGAUCUGAUGGAAAUUUUCUCGUUAAAGAGAACACACUCCUCGGCUAUCGUACCUUACAAGGAUUUCCUAAUGAGAAACAUGAAGGAAUUCAUCGAGAGACCCGACACCAAACAGAUCCUCUUGGAAGAAUUUCAACGUUCGUACAAUGACGACAUAAGCGAGGACAUGAGAGACGACGAGGAAGUUAAAUGCGAAUUGCAUUGCCGUCUAACUGACUUUCAAACUCAUCUAUGGAAUAUUUGUGAUUCAAGAAGGUUAGAGGCCGAAGAGGAACGUCAGAAGAUCGUUCGAGAAGGUUGGACCGACGUUGAAGCCAUGACUCUCGUUAAUAUAUACAUUUCGAUUCUUCAGGCCGAAAUCGAUCGAUCCGUCGAUACUCUUCAAAUGAUUCAAGAUUAUUAUACGAGUAUGCUUCAAAAGCCGAUUCAAGAAUCGAGAUUAUCGAAAAUUUUACUCGACAGAUUGAAGAUAUCGCAAAAGGAUGAGGUAUCCCAUUUACCGAGUAAGCUAUCUCAUUUUCACAUAGAGAAGGAUAAGAAAAAUAAAAAGGAUAAUAAAUCGAGAAUUGAUUCGGAGAGAUUCGAUUAUGCCAAACCUAUUAUUGAUCCGAACGAGAUAACUCGUGAGAUCACGAAUUUAUUCGUCAACGACGUCGAAGACGCGAUGACAAUUUUCGAUUCAUCCGAGAGCAUCGUUUACAAAGCUAUUUUCGAUAACGUCGAUUACGUUAGAAAUUUUUUACAAUUUAUCGCAACCAUUGUCAAUGAUGCAUUAAAAAAGGAAGAGAAUAUUCUGACAACAUCAGAGAAAUCCAGAGAAAGAACAUGGAGGAAGGGUGAACUUUCGGCCGAUUCUAUCCUUGAGAAAUUGAGGACGAGAGGUCAGGAUCUUAUUCAAGAAUGGCGAUACGCUACUCUCUACGAGGUCAAUCGUAUGAGGAUCAGGCUGAAGGUACUUUUAGCCGCCGCCGAAGCUGACGUUGCUUUUCUCCUCGACACGAUGAGAUUCGUCUUUCGUCGGAUCUACGAACGAAUAGUCGACAGAUAUAGGAAAGAGAAGAAUAGCGUGGACGAUAUGAUAAAGGUCUUUUGUUUCGCCAUCGAAGAAGAGAAACCGAUUCAAGAAGAAUUAAUAUUGGACGGUGAAAAUUUCUACGUUAGAUCCGACGUUUUGAUGUUUCCAACGAAACCCGAGCCACCACCAAAAUUAACGAGAGAAACGAUAAAACCAUCUCUAUUCACGAUCUCCCAAUUGGGUCGUCUGAUGAACGUCUUUAGAACAAUCGCACCGAGUGGAACGUUGCCCGAACGAUCUCUCGUUUAUGUACUUCAAGACAUGAUAUCUUACAACAAGGAGGAAGAAGACGAUGGUUACGGAUCGAUGCCGGUUCCCAUGUGUUGGCGACUUUUGCGUUCUUGCGACGUUUCAAAACUCGUAGAGAAUAUAUUUGCUCGUUGCGAGUACGUAGAUUGGCGUGAAUUCCUUAUAUACGCUAUGGAUCUUCCUAUGCCAACACAGGAAGAUAUUCUAUGCGCUCGCGAUAGAUAUAGAACGUUAGAUCUCGAUUCGAAAGAGAUCGUGACGAGAGAUCAAUAUCGUUCUGUACCAUUAUGGUUCUUCAAAUAUACGUAUGAUACUUCAUCGGACAUUCAGCAUAUAUUAUUCGAUGAUUUUCAAAGAUCAUUCGAAGAAUUAUUCGAAGAGGAAAAGGAUUUCGUUAAUCCUGACAAAUUGUUGGGCACUAUCAUUCCGGAAAGGGCAAUGGAUUACGUGCGUUCCUUGAGAGUUUCCCGGGGAAUUAAUGACGAUGUACCAUUAGAGGACGAGGAGGAGAAGAUAAUGGUCCAGAGGGAUGCCGAGGAGGCUUUGAGACUCAUGUUGGCGAAAGAGUUGCUUUGUCAGAUGUACUUGAUCGAUCGAUAUUCGGUCAAUUAUACAGCUUUGCUCUUGGCAUUUUGCAAGGACGAGGAUCCUCGCGAGGGACUUGGAAAGGCACUCUCGUUAGCUAUCGGGGCUAGAGUGUGCACGGACUUCGAAGAGGGAGAGAAAUACGCCGAGAGGAUACUCAAAGAGAAACUAUUAUCCGUUCAAUUGGAAUCUAUGAAACGUCUUUUGCACGAAGAAGCAAUUCAAGUAAUAUUAAUUAAUACACUCUUAAUUAUCUUUGACAGCAAAAAUGAACUUGAAGCUUCUAGUAUGAUGUUUGAUAGUUAUCAAGAAUUUGAAGAACGAAUCGAAAGAGAGACGAUUCAUUGGCUGCCGUUUCACCUUUGCAUGGCAGUUUUAUUGGCUACCUUACCCUGGCACGCUUCCCAACCAGAUCUCUUUCAAACGACGAAAACUCUUCCUCAAUUAUUGCGUGACGUUUACGAUGACCUUUACGACGAAGAGCUGUCCAACGAAAAAGACAUAGUAUUGUCGCAUCGUUUCUUGAAUCACAAUUUCAUUAUGAAAUUGUUGAAUAGUACGAGCAAGUUCGUCGUUAAACAUCUCGAUAAUUUGUUUUCUGAAAUAAUAACGGAGGAACGGGAAAGGAAUCUUUGACUCCUCCAUAAACUUAUUAUUAUUAUUUCUUUUUUUUCCUUCCACUUUUUUUUUUUUUGUCUUUUCUCUUUUUUUUUUUUUUCCGUUCGCUCGCUUUCCUUACCUAUUGUAAAUAAAUUCGAAGAACAUUUAAUUACGAUUCGAUGUAUCUACAUAUCGUUCUUUUUAACAGAAUUUAUUCUUCUAUUACAUCACGCGCAUAAAAUAGAGAUGAGAAAAAGCAAGAUCUUACGUACACGAGGAUGUAUAAUAAUAUAUUUUUUUACGUUCAAAUCACAUAUCAAAUAUUACUACUUUUUUCUCCUUGUUUCUUUGAGAUAUUUGCGAAAUAAAUAUAAAAGAAAUAUAAAUGUGCCAAUGGCGUAGAUUAGAUACGACGAUGAUCCUCGUGUACGACUCUUGCAUACCUUUUUUUCUUUUCCUUUUUUUUUUCUUUUAUUUUUAUAAUAUUAUUCGUUCUUAAUAAAUUGUAUUUUAAUAAUAAAUUGGCGAUGUGAAUGACGAUACGUUUCUCUGUUCAUACGUGGUAUGUAACUGCAUUUACGUUAAAUACGUCUUCUCUCUCGUAUAUCUCAAAGAAUUGCUUACGUUUAUAUAAAUACUUAGCAAUUUAACUUACAUCGUAUUUAGAUUUAAUCGCUAUUUCGUUUUUGCUGAUUGAUAUUAAUUUUCACGCGUUUAAUGAAAAAAGCCGCGGGAGCUGAUGAACGUACGAUCGAAUCGAAAGUUUCAUUAUACAAUUAAACGCAACAAAUCUCCUUUUCGCAAUAUUUUUUCAUAUUUAUAAUCUAUAUAAAUAAAAUAAAGAGAGGUAUUGUAUAUACUUAUAUUGUAUAUGUACAAUUUCGUAACAAUAAACGAUAACACAAAAAGACGAGAAAAAGAAAGAUAGGAAAAUAAAUGUACCUAAAUACAAAAAUAAA